AUGUCGGAGUGGGACAACAUUGCCUCAUCGGUCAUCAAUGACGGGCGUAAAAGUGGCGAAGCGAAGAACUCUCUUGAGGUGGACUGGUUUACGAACAGCCACGACAUCUUCAGCGGCGGCAGAGACGCUUUUCUUGUUGAUCCGCGUGAAGUAAAACGGGCUGAGACAGCUCCUUCCGUCCUCACGAUGUACUCCGCGGAUGGAACACUGUGCGUAGGUGGCAGUCUGGAAGAGGAGGUGCCACCUGAGGAGGAGUACCGUUACACGGAGGAGUACCAUGUCCUGUACUACUCCAAAUACCCCCGCGAUCCACGUAUGCUUGUGCCGCUUCGCUCGUGCGGUGGGGUGAAACGAGGUGGAGAGACGGGAAUGCCGCGUCGUCGUGGCGUCACGGGGACUCAAAAGUCACCUCAAGAGGUUGAGAAUGUCACAGACAACCGCGAAACGACAAAUGACACUGUCCGGGAGAGCGAGGAAAACAUUCAGGAUUCUAACGAUACGGGGACAGCUUACGCAAAGAGUCUCCUAGAGUCUCUCUCAAAGAAGCAGAAGCAACAACAAGAUCAGGGAGAUAAACAGAAUCAGCGGCAGUUUGACGAUGCAACCCAAUCCUUUUCGGUUAUGGAAGCGGAUCAAGCACCUUUGGGCACAGUCAUGGAGAGCAGCCUGGCUUUCAAGGCUUCUGCCGGAAGCAGCCUACAAAACCAGAUUAACAAGGAAGCAAAUUCCAACGGUGCUGUGCAACUGCAGGAUGGUUCCACAACACAGUUCUUGAGACGGAGUGCUACGGCAUCGCGUCGGACAUCUCAGUAUGGGAAUAGCAUUUCUCAAAACGGAGGUUUAAAGAAUAACACGCGUCGGCAGGUGGGCGGAAAUGAACAUGGCUCUAUUAGAGUUUCAAGGAAUGAGUUUUCAUCGAUACGAGAGUACCUUGACGAGAUACGUUCUGAAUGCCCUUACGAUGACGUUAAGGCCCAUGUCGUUGCUUUGAGCAAAGACCAAGAUGGUAGUCGCUUUGUUCAGCGUCUCCUGGAGGAUGAACGGAAUGUGGAAAGUAUCUUUAUGGAGGUUCUUCCCAGUACAUGUGACUUGAUGGUUCACGUCUUUGGAAACUAUGUGUUACAGAAGUUGUUGGAUGUGAUUCCAAUGGACAGUGACAUGUUCAGGCAACUUUUGGAAAAAGUCUCUGGAAAAUUAAAGGAAUAUUCUUUCCAUACGUACGGUUGCCGAGUAGUACAGAAGUUUCUGGAGAAGGCAUCAUCUGAAAUGCGGGAAAAUAUUCUUCUCGAAUUGAAGGAUUGUAUGGUCGACUGUGUUUUUGACCAAAAUGCAAAUCAUGUGGCACAAAAAAUUAUAGAAGUUAUGCCAGAAAAAACACAAUUCAUGACAGAGGCUUUUUUGCCUAGUCUGAAGGCCUUGUCACGUCAUCCGUAUGGGUGCCGUGUACUGCAAUGCGUCUUUGAGAAAUGCUCUUCUGUUCCUGAAGUAAAUAUCCGUCCGCUAUUGGAAGCAGUUUUUGAACAUGUCCAUGAAUAUGUCAUGGAUCAGUAUGGCAAUUAUGUUGUACAGCAUGCAAUGUUAAACGCCCCCGAAGAUCUUCGCAAGCGAUUUGUGGACCUUUUAAUUCCUCAUGUAUAUGCGCUAUCGUGUAGCAAGUUUGCUUCAAAUGUGGCUGAGAAGACGAUUGUAAAGGCAAAUGAGGAAGAGAUGCAACAAAUUGUGGAAAUUCUCACAUGCCCACUCGGAGGUUCUGAAGAUGGAAGUUACCUUGUUCUUAUGAUGCAAGAUCCAUAUGCAAAUUACGUCGUGCAACGUCUUCUUCAAGAAGUGAAUAAGCAACAACAACAACACAUUGCCGAGCAGACGAGACGGCAUCUUGCAAAUAUACGUCGUUCUGUCUAUGGUCAACACCUCGUCCAAAAAAUGGAAAACAUGGGCAUGUUUACGUGGGUAGAAGGUGGAAUGUGCAACAAUGCACCGUAUCGUGAGCAGAAUUCCAUGGUAUUUGGGCCAAAUCGGAAAACACGUGGAGUAGUUGGGGGCCGCAAUGGUGCACGCGGCGCUUCUGCAGCACAAAGUAACUACGUUACGCCGGUGGAACGACCCCUGGCUGCCAAUAAUUCAUAUCGUCAGCCGGCGGCAUCUGUUGCAGUUGCCGGAAGAACUAUGUUACCCUUGGCGGCAGCGGGGUCGGGCUACAGCUAUGGGUAUGUAGACUCCGCAUCCGAAGCCAUGUUGACACCAUCUCAGCAGUUGCCGCAACAUCAACACCAUCUGAUGCCUGUUCCUAACGUGACGAUUGGAGUCCAACCGUGUUAUCCCGGCAUGAUACCUCCCCCACCGCCGCCACCGCAGACUCAGGCACCAAAUCAUCAACAUCAACAACGUCGGCUGUUUACAUUACAUGGCCAACGUGACCCUUAUAAUGUGGUGGACUCCGCUCCGAUGCCACAGCAUCAACCCCAGAUGCCUCAAGCAAACAACGUUUCUGCAACAAACCCAAUUUAUGCUAAUGGAAACGGCCAUAUAAGUCAAACACAAGGUGAUAAAUGGGCACACCCCUACCAAACACUCAACCCCCCUGUGCAACAGACGAUGUCGUAUACUGUCAACGCUUCCAAUGCAUACCCUGGUAUAAAUGCUGCAUCUGCAUUUUAG